AUGGGGGUAUUUCUGAACAAAUCGGAACUGCCUUCGGACGGAUUGCUAGUCUUCUAUGGGGUCUGUGAGAAGGUUACGUUAACUGUCUCAACAAUAUUUGUUGGUGUUACCGCUACCGUAGUUUUAAAAGGUAAAAAUCAUGGUUAUAAUUUAAACCAAGGCACUUUGAUGGGCAGUAAGUAUGUUUUUUCAGGCUCGACCAAAGCUCUAUCAACCUACAAAUAUUACAUCCUCCAUGAACUUGUAUGGUAAGAUCUUUAAGACUUUUUCCGUUACUAGACGUCCUCUUUGUUUAGGUCUUAUAUUUUCGAUGUCUUCGCGACUUUUAUGGGGAUUGUUGCCCUCUUCCCGAUCCCUUGUUACUAUUCAAUCUCAACGCUUCAAUACUUUGACCUUACAUGGCAGGGUCUCUAUUUACUGCUAGUUGUCGUAACUCUGAUGGGAAGGAUUUUUGGAACCGCGUAUCAAAUUGCUUACCGUUUCUUUAAAGCGUUGCCUCAGGAGUCAUUGCUGCAAUUGAUCAAUUUUACAAAGCAUGGACUCAUAUUUCAAGUCGUCGUUUUAGCAAUUGUGUUUGUAUUGAUCACUGCCAUUAUCACAGUAAGCAGAUUUUAUAAUUGCUUUGAGUUUGCUCUCAGUAAGAACAAAAAAUGGGUGUGAAAGAAUUAUGUUAGCGUUACUUUACAAAAAAUUGCAAUUCAGACACCCGUUAUCCUUCAAAUCCCAAACCAAGGCGAUCAGCGUGCCUACCUGACCAAUUUGGACUCUGAUAUAGCCAAGAUUUUUCACCAGCAUCCUAAUACUUUUUGCUUUGGGAAAGGUGACAACUUGAAGAGUCAAAUCGAGAUCGCCUCAUAUUUCCUCUUCCUAACGCCAUUCCUGAUAUUUUUUGUCAUCUUAAGCACUUACUUUUACAUUCGCCGUGGGCGACAUAUUGUCUCUUCUGCCACGUAUCGCCUGCAAAUAAUGUUAUUCCAAUCUCUGGUGGCUCAGAGCAUUGGAACUGGGAUCUUCCUUAUCAUCCCGGCAAUCUUUUACUUUACUCCUACAAUUUAUGGCGUCCGGGAUGGGCCAAAGAUAUCAGUAGUCGCACUAAUUUGUUAUCUACUUCAUGCUCCCUUUGAUUGUUGUAUGAUAAUUAUCUUUAUCAAGCCGUAUCGGCAAUGUUUCCUUGGUUUCUACCGAAGAGUUGCGUAUAAUGUAUACAACAUAUCGGCUGACAGGAAAGUCAGCUUGUCUCCAAAUUCAAUACUAUUUGUGGAAAAGAGCAUGUGAAUAAAAAUGUUUGAUGGAAUGUUAAAGAUUUUGGAUUUUUUUGGGCAAAGCCUACAAAAACACAUGCAGCAACAACCAUGGAUCAAACUGACCACUGACAAUGAGUUAUGUCUCAGCAGCAUUUUGAAAUUGCUAGAACCUCACCACCUUGCUUUCGUCCAUAAAAAAAAGAAACAUGAUGUCUUGCGAGCAUCCUAGACUAUAAUUGAAGUUACGUAAUCUGAUUUCAACAAACAUAUCCAAUCUCCGUUUUUUCACAAUGAAGUGUGUUAAAGAGAAGUCCCAUUCAUGUUGCGUAAAGUUUCUGGUCUAUAAAAUUAACAUUUCCACCUGUUGCACUUCAAUCCUGACAUAUUUUUCUAACGUUUAUGUCUGGCAUUCUGGAUGGGGGUGUUUUUGAACCAAUCUGAGCUCCCGUCAGACGAAUUGAUCGUAUUUUACGGUAUCUGGGAGCGAUCGGUUUUUGUCAUCUCGACCAUUUUUGUUUCAGUUACUGUGUUUGUAAUCAUCAAAGGUAAGAUUUAAGUAGCUUUGAAGUAUGAAUAAAGUUAUUGGACGAGCGAUAUGAUAGAGGAUUAUUUCAGGUUCGACAAAGCCGUUAUCCAUCUACAAAUAUUAUAUUCUCCAUGAACUCUUUUGGUGAGCUGAAUUAUUAUAAAUAUCAAGGAAAAAUCGGCAGAAAUUAUACGAAAAGAAGUUUUCAUACUGCUUUGGCCUCUAACCGCCCUGAUUGCAUAAUUCCACAACAUUUUUCAGGGCAUAUCUCUUCGACUUUAUGGCCACUUUUCUCGGGUUUGUCGUCCUCUUCCCCGUCCCUUGUUUCUAUUCAGUCUCAACCUUGGCGGACGCAGACACAACGACUCUCUCAAUCUACGCUCUAGUAGCAGUAAUCACUUUGUUUGGGAGGAUCUUUGGGACGGCCUAUCAGAUUGUAUACCGUUUCUUGAAAGCAACGCCGCUGGAUUCAAUCUUCUGGUAUAUAAAUUUCACAAAGCACUCGCUACUUUUCCAAGUCACUGUUCUAAUAAUUGUAUUCAUCGUUCUCACAGCAGUCAUCGUGGUGAGUUGCAGUUUACUUCAAACUUGUUUAAAGGACAAAUUACGAACAUAAUUUCAGACUCCAGUUGUCCUCGAGAUCCCGGAUCAGAAAGAGGAAAGGGCGUAUCUUUCCAGCCGUGAUCCCUUCCUGGCUCAAUUCUUCAUCGAACAUCCCAAUGCCGUGUGUUUUGGGAAAGGGGAAACUGUAGAGGAUCAGCUGAUGAUAGCCACCUAUUUCAUCUUCGCCACUCCGUUUUUGGUGACAGGAGCCAACCUCUACACGCAUUACUAUGUCCGCAGAGGCCGGAACAUGGUCUCAGCAGCCACUUAUCGGGUUCAAAUUAUGCUUUUCCAAUCCCUCGUGGCACAAAGCAUUGGAUUAAUAAUCUUUCUGAUCAUCCCGGGGAUCUUCUUCUUCACUCCGACGGUGUUUGGCUUUCGAAAUGGACCGACUGUCUCGGUGAUUUCAUUCUUAUUCUACCUUCUUCAUUCACCAUUCGAUUGCUGCAUAAUCUUGAUAUUCAUCAAGCCCUACCGCCAAUACGUUGUUGUUCAUUUCAAAAGGGUUGUGAAAGUCUCUAAGGAGAAGAGAGUCAGCUCAGCUCCGCAAACAAUAUUUGUAGAAGAUAUGUAA